AUGGAGCAUUGCAAAGUAAUACGGACAUUGAAAAGUGGCAAGAGCUAUGACAACAGAGAAGUGGUGCACCAUGAAGCCGAAGUGGAAGAAGAAGAGCUUACUGAAAGUGCACCAUUAGCUGCAAAGUCUCGGUCAGAGGCUAUUUCUGAAACAGGUAUUCCAGAUCCUAGUGCAAGUGACAAAGUGCAAUCUCGACCCAACUUUGAUGCAAACAAGGAAAAAGGCCUUGGUAGUUUAUUUGCACCUUCUGACAAGCCACCAUACAAGCCACCUUUGCCAUUUCCACAAAGGCAGCAACAACGUUCCAAGGAUCAACAAUGCAUUGAAUUCAUGAAGACGUUGGCUAAGGUUCAAAUUAAUUUGCCUCUAUUAGAUGCUAUUAAACAGAUCCCAUCAUAUGCCAAAUUUCUGAAGGAGCUAUGUUCUAAAAAGAAAAAGUUCUUGGAAUAUGAGAAGGUGAUUUUAACUGAGCAAUGUAGUGCUGUCCUCUUACAUAAGCUACCACCCAAGAAGAAAGAUCCGGGGAGUUUCACUAUCUCUUGUACUAUUGGUAGUCUUGAUUUUCAUAAAGUAUUGAUUGAUUUAGGAGCAAGUGUUAACCUUAUGCCUUAUUCUGUUUUUCAAAAAUUAGGUGAAGGAGAACUCAAGCCCACGUCUGUGAGUCUUCAAUUGGCAGAUAGGUCCGUGACCUAUCCUUUGGGUAUUCUGGAAAAUGUGAUUAUUAAAGUGGAUAAAUUCUAUCUUCCAGCUGAUUUCAUUGUACUUGACAUAGAGGAAGACAAGGAAGUGCCUCUCAUUUUAGGCUGA